UAUUAUGCCUUUGGUUUUCUGAGGUUGGUAUUGUUUUUUUUACGCGCCAUAGGAUCCUCCAACUCCUAUGCCAAAGGAUACAGUCUUGAGUGCUCUUAGAGUACUUGUUGAUGUUAGAAAUCAUCCAGUUCUCAUCCACUGUAAGCAAGGAAAGCAUAGGACAGGUUGUCUUGUGGGAUGCUUGAGGAAAGUGCAGAACUGGUGCUUAUCAUCUGUUCUUGAGGAAUACCAGAAGUGUGCCGGUUUGAAGUGGAGACAAAGAGAUUUAAGGUUCAUUGAGGAUUUCGAUGUGCUUGGAUUAAGGCAGUGUCUGUACAGCAUAAUCUAUCAGUACAAUGGCUAUGGUCUCAAGAGGAGAAAGCUGAUGUACCAAGAAGAGAAUGUUGUCCAAGAACAGCAUAAACCUCAAGCCACCAAAGGGUGACAAGACGCUUCAAAUCGAAUUGAUU